GCGCGCGGCCUCCUUCGCGCUGUCCCGUUGUUGCCGUUUUCUGCUGGCAGCGGCCGAGCUGACCCCGACGUCCGAGAUGUCUCAACUGCCCCCAGAUGGCUGUGCCCCGCUGGCGGACGCAGCGGGUGGCGACAGCGACGCUCCGCAGGCGGAGGUAGGCGGUGGGAGGCGGGAGCCCGCCCGGGAAGGUCCGCUGGCUGAGGCCCGAGGACGCCCGGUGGAGAUGGCCGGGGAAGGGCCGGUGGAGAUGGCCGGGGAAGGCCGGAUGGCCGCGGUGGCCGGCUUGAUGCAGGAGCCGGCGGAGGAAGAGGGUCCCGAGAGCAGACCCAGGGCCAGACCCAGGAACGGGCCGGGCACGCUGCCGCACUUCCACCUCCGCCACCCUCUGCGCCUCUUGGGGGUCAAUUACCAGCAGUACCUCCGUCGCUUUCUGGAAAAUUACCGGGCUGGGCCUGGCCGGUUGCAGGAGCUGGAAGGACGCCGCCGCCGCCGGUUCGCGGAGGCCCUAAGGGCGAGGCAAGCGGCGUUCGCCGCUGGUGAUCUGCGAAACGCUCGGAGGAUGGAUUUUGAUCCUUUAACGUUUACCAUCGCUCUGACCGCCUCUGAGGUCAUCAAUCCCUUGAUCGAAGAACUAGGUUGCGAUAAGUUCAUCAACAGAGGCUAGUCAAGUAAUGGACCGACUUCAAGAAGCCCUCCCCGCCCCUGAGUCGUCUGCCAAUCCAAUCACUUGGCUUUGUUUUUGGAAUCCCAAGGAUGGGAGAUUCAGGCAGUGCACUUUGGGGACAGGCUGAGAGCAAAGGAAGUCACCAGGGGAAAAACAGAGAGGAAACAGAAAACAUUGCACCCACCUGGAGUUGGCGAUUGAUCCAGAUUCUUGUUCCUGCAUCGCUUUUGAAAUUGCACCCAAAAAACCAAAAAGCUUUUGUAAAGUGAAAGCUUGAAGAAAACCCGAUCAAUGUAAGAGUCCAUGAUCCUGGGAGAAGGGAUCAAAUAACAAGGAUGGGAAUAAAGUGUUGCUGCUGUUACUAA